CGGGGCCCAGUCGCCAUGAGCGGGGCGAGGGGCGCGCUGGGCCUGUCGCUGCGGGCGGCGCGGCCGGGCUGGCUGUGGGGGGCGGCGGCGGCGUUGCUGGCGCUGGGCGCCCUGCUGGGGGCCUGGCGCUGGGCCGGCGGGCGCGGCCGCCGCCGCCGCCGGCUGCAGCGGGUGGGGACGGUGUUGAGCCUCUUCGUGUACCCGGUGAAGUCGUGCCGGGGGGUGGCGGUGCGGCGGGCGCAGGUGACGCCGUUGGGGCUGCGGAGCGGGGAGCUGCGGGACAGGUUCUGGCUUGUGACCAAGGAAGAUGGGCACAUGGUUACGGCUCGCCAGGAGCCGCGGCUGGUCCUCGUUUCUGUCAGCUGUGAGAAUGGGCACUUGGUCUUGGAGGCCCCAGAAAUGAAGAAGCUGUGCUUGCCUGUAAAGCUCCCCAGGAAAAAUCCCGUGCAGAACUGCAGGCUCUUCGGACUGGAUAUCCAGGGCAGGGACUGUGGAGAUGAAGUAGCUCAGUGGAUCACCACUUUCCUGAAUUCAGAGCCGUACCGACUGGUGCACUUUGAGCCCUCCAUGGUGCCAAGAAAGUCAAAGGACAUAAUAAAACUUUUCCGAACCACAGAUGAGGUUGCCUAUCCUGACUGUAGCCCAGUCUUGAUCCUCUCAGAAGCUUCACUGGAAGAUUUAAAUACCAGGCUGGAGAAAAAAGUUAAGAUACAGAACUUCAGGCCAAAUAUUCUUGUGACAGAUUGCGGUGCUUUUGAGGAGGACACCUGGGAGGAGAUUCUUAUUGGCGAUGUGGAGAUGAAAGGGACAGUGUGUUGUGCCAGGUGUAUUUUAACAACUGUUAACCCAGACACUGGGGUCUUGGACAGGAAGGAGCCCCUGGAAACAUUGAAAAGUUACCGCUUAUGUGAUCCAUCUGAGCAACACAUAUACAAAUCCAGCCCUCUCUUUGGAAGGUACUUUGCCGUUGACAAAACUGGAACGAUUCAAGUUGGAGACCCUGUGUACAAGAUGGUCGAGUAAUGAGAGAGACACUGAUCAGAAGAUGCUUUUCACUUUGAUAUGCGAAUUGUUUUCCCAUGUACUUGGUCACCAGCAUAACUUUUUCUUACUCCUUGCAAUAUUUUUUGUGCUCUGUUCCUUUGUAAGGUGCAGGAGGUCUUUGAGGCUGUGAAGUGCCAGUCAUUUCAGAUCAUGUCAUCUACUAGCAUGGCUGUAGCAACCAUGUCUUAAGAUUUUCUGGAGGCUGUGAUAGAAGAAACUCUAAUCCAAGACUUCACAGCACUGCUGUGAGUAUCGCACCUCCUAAAAUUUUGUGUCAAGCUCGCUGUCGGAAUCCAAAAUUACGUACAAGGGCUUUGCAUCGUGUAUUAGUUGCAUUCAGUGCCUAUAAAGAACCACAAACACAGUCAUGCCAAGUGUAAAGUAAAUAUGUUGGUCACAGACCUGCCUUUACAAGUGAACAUGGAGUGCAGAUGGCAAGGCUCUGUCUUAGAUUCCACCCUUAACUGGUCCUAAUCAUCUUACCCUAUCUGUGUCUGGAGGUACUUUUUUGCAAUGUUUCUUAUCCUGCGGUCGUUUCCUGAAGAUUAGUACUGUCUUUCGAGAUUGGAGCAGUAUCAGAAGGAGAAGGAUUGUGGCCUGACUAAAUGCUACUCUAGUCUAGGGGUGGGAACACUGGCCAAUGAUGUGUAAGACUGUGGGUUUGUUUAGUUUAUGACCUCUGCUUGAUAGAGUUUGAACCAUCAAUUUUUUCUCCUGUGAAGCAUACUGUAACAUUGAGGCUGUAGAGCAAUGAUGCAUUUGCUAAUGUAUUAGUAGAACUUCCAGUUUGACUAAACAAAUUAGGUGUUCACUGGAUCAGAGACUUUAUGCACAUUGGAGGGGAAGAAAAGGUGUUGGGAGUGAUCCAAUACUGAGCCUGCCCCGUUCAAGCUGAUGUCCAGGCCAAUAUUGUAGGGCUCUGUGUUCAUGCUUGAUUCCUCUCUGGCUCAGUGAAUCUCUUACUAUAGAAAGUUAGGCUGCUAAGCAGAUGUUUGGGAAGCUGUGGUUUUAGACUGAGCAUGUUAACAUUCUUACUGGUUACGCAUUUAGAUCUCUGGUUGCCCCCCACCCCUGCCCCUGUUCUAACAAAAAUGUCACCCAUUUUUAGGAAGCUGAUAAUUAUAUUUUCUGCUAUAUUUUAUACUGCAUAAAACAGAUAGGGGAGGAAACUAGUUGGAUUAUGGCACUAGUAUCUUUUCUUUAAAAGUUACAUGAUUAUUUUUUAAAAAAGAAAGUGGACUCCAAGACAAAAGCCGGCCAUCUUUCAAAUGCUUGUCUGCCUGUUGCUUUGUUAUAGAUUACUAGAUCUAGAAAGACUGUUGAACUAGCCAAAAAGAGGAAUCUAAUUAAGUGUGAAGAAGGACAAAUAUGACCCAAUUUGGUGUUUAGAUUCUUUGUUUUCUGUUGUGAAUAUGAAACUGGAAUUGUGCUACAUGUUCACAACUCAGACCUGUAAAAUGAAGAGCUGUCCUGCCUUUGAGCAAAUUCAGACAGAUGUAUGUGGCAAGCCUGAAGCAAGCAUAUGCGGAAGGUAGUUUUCUAUUAUUUGUGAACUCAGAGUUGCUCUGAAUAUCCUUUCGUUAGCAGAGUGCUUUUUAAGUAUUGAGUUUUCCUGUGACAAACAAGUGCCCAGUUUGGACUGCACGUUGCAUAUUUGUGUAUUGUUAUGCCUGAUGCAGCAACUAGUGGGAGGAAGUGAGAGAAAAAGAAUCUUUUGAAAAGAAAAAUAAUCCUGAGGUUCACUUUUUAAAAGUAUAUGUUGAAGAUCCUUAAUAUUAGAAGCUGAAACCUUGUGGAAUUCCUAAUGGUAUUAUUAAGCAAAGACAGCCUGCUGGCCUGCCAAAGCAGUUAGUUAAGUGUGUGUCUCUUCAUUAAGUCAAAGAAGCGGAAGGAAAGAGAGCUGAAUUUUUGCCUCUAGCCAAACAUUUUUUCACUGUUGUUUUAGCACCACAUUAGGAUUUACGCAACACUAAUUGUGUGGUAUAGAUCAUGUUGCCUCUCGUUAGGCUAUCGUCAAUUGGGCUAAUUUGGAAAUAGGGCUGUCUUUCCAAUGAGAAACUGCAUCUGCAUUCCUGUUAAGAAAAUGUCAUAGAUCUGAAACCCUGAUUUAUCCCUGUAAAAGCCCCUUGGAAGAAUUUGGCUAGAAUGCUAAAACAGGUAUGUGUCUGAGUAGAACACAUUUCACAAAUGACACUUAAAUCAAUUAUGUGAUGAAAGAGGGCCAUUCCAGGAAGUGGAGAGCAUAACUUACGAACAUUACAAUAUAAAUAUCUUCAUAUAAAUGUUGAACUGCUGUAACUGUAGGAAUUGUGCUUGAUUUUGCUAAAGCCAUUUAGGAAAUUGACUGAAAACAUGUCAAUCAUAAAACACUAUUUUUUAAAUUGUGUACUUAAAAAUGUUAAUUGCUUUUUUAACUCUAGAGGAAAAAAACAAAAGUAUAAACUUCUAUUGAAUCCAAACUCUUGUGAGGUGUAAAA